CGGUUAGAGAUAUUUUUGAAGGGGGAGAAAGUAAAGCUUAGGCUGGUUACAGAGAGAAAGGGGGAUCCCGGAUGAAGCAAGCUGGAGAGAGGAUGCUGGGAGUUUUGAGAGAAAAAGUCUGAGUUAGAGGAGGACAACUAGUGAGAGGCAGAUUGAGAGAGAAUAGGAGAGGUGGUUCGGGGUGCUGCCGUUAGGGAUAUUUUCAGAGAGAGAGGUGCUAGAGAGAGGUGAGUUUUUUGGGGAACGGGAGAGAAAUAUUUUUAGGGAGGUUUUUGAUAGCUGCUGGAGAGAGUUAUCCAGAUAAGGAAGAGCUUAAACAGAGGAAAGAAAGGGAACAUUCUCAGGUACGUUUGCUAGACCUCAUUUUGAUUGCCAUUAAUGUUUCUUUUGGGUUGCUGUGGCUGUGUUGUGACAUAUCCGCUCCCUGUUCUUCAUGUGAGGUUUGAUUUAAAAUGAGAAUUCUUCUUUUGAUAUCUUUUGUGUGUUUGAGUGAGAUCCUUUAAUCUCAUUCCCAUAUGGUUUAAAUCUCGUUUUCAUUUCAUUCCCAUAUGGUUUAAAUCUCGUUUUCAUCUGGUUUCUUUUCCCACCUAUGCAUAAGCCCUAUGGCUUCAAUAUAAGACGGGCUCGGGUCAUUGUUUUCUGGGGAUUCAUUUUAUACUCUGUUUUGGUCCUUGCGGUUGUUUACCCUCUAUUCUCGGUGGUCACUCGUACGCCCAAGGAGAGGAGUCUUGGCUAGUAGUACUGCUAGUGGUUUUUGUAUGGGCACAUUUUGUGAAUCUGGGAAGAUGUCGUGGCCUUGCUCAUAGAAUCGCUUGAAUAUUUUGCUCAGAAUGGGUGAUUGCCAUAUUCAGGGAAGCUACUCCAUAGCCCAUCUCUCUCUCUUACUUGUGUGAGGUCCAGAGGGAGUGAGUUUGUUUGAAACCUGUUUGGUACCAGCAGCAGCCAUAGCUUUGCUUGUUGAGAAGACCAGUUCUGGCCGGGAGUGCAAGGUCAAGGAAAUGUAUCGGAUGGGCUUCGGCCAUCUGGAUACCCAAGCAAGCGGAGGCUGAUAUCUCAUUGGGUCUAAGAGUAAAUUCUGUGAGGCCUUCAAAAACAAUUGUUAUAACUGAUUUUGGCCGCUGCGUGUGGGGACUUGGAGGCAAUGGAGCAGAUUCUGGGCAAGGUAGAUGCUCAGAUGACGGGUACAUUGAGCUGGGCAGAUUUUGAUGCUGAGGUGGCAGAGACGUUGGACCAAAUGAAGAAUUGGGAGAUUAGAUUAAUGGCUUGAAGAGAAGAUUGUCACCUGAUCAUCCCAAGGAGAUCUCACUUUUGGAUAUAGGAACUUUAGCUAUUGAUGAUGAUAUUUCAGGCUCAGAUCCUUACCUCACCUUGGAACACAUCACUUCUCCAACCUACACAUGCGUGAGACCCUUCAUCAAUGGCUCUCCAAGCUUUGCUACCACAUUGCCCCGCAAUCAGAGGGUCCGGAGGAUUCGUCACUUUCAUUUCUAAGCAUGAAAUGCAAAAGUGACUGACCUCGAUAUUGCUGAACUGGCAACAGAGGGCAUAUGACAGCAGAGCAGACAGAUGUUAAUGCUCAUGCUGAGGCACCUUCCACUUUCACUCCAGAAACUCCAGCCACUGGUGGAGACAAGGAACAUUUAGUUCCGGUAAUGUCCAUAAAGGAGGAUGACGAGUGCAAGUCAAUUAAGUUUGCUGUUGACUAUGGCAACCUCCAUAAGCAGAAGGCGCAGUCCAUGGGAAAGGCAGCCAGUGAUUUUAUCUAAGAGGACUUGAAGAUGGACAACGUGUAUGCCUACAUGUUUCAUCUUUUAAACGAAUAUGCUAAGCUGUUGAAGUUCAAGCCCACUGUGCCUGAUGAAGCUAUGGAAGGCUAUCUGGAAGGAGUUGAGCCUGAUGAGGAAAUUUGCUAUCAUGUUGUCUUCCACUUUUCUGAACUUGCCAAAGACCCAGGGAUUAAAUCUGAUUGCUAUGGAAUCUGCCAAGGAAUUAAAUAGGCCAUUUUAUAGUAAUCUCAUUGGUACCUCCAGCUCAACAGGGUACUAUAGAUUUGCAGAGUGGGAUUCGUCAUGUGGAAGAUGCCUGAUUGGGCAUACAUGAAGGAUCAUGUAAUUCCAAAGGCCCAAGAACUCCAACAGCUAGUUGAAGUCUAAGAAUCCACUAGAAUUCUAGUAAACAUUGCCAAUGGAAAUAAACAUUAUGGAAGCAAUAUGCCACAGCCUGAGUUUGCUAUUGUUCUUCCGUGUGAUGUUGAUGUUCAGACGAGCAAUUGUUGAGGAUGUGACUGAAAAUCGAAAUGAAAGAGAUGCAGUGUACCUAAAUCUUGCUCUUGAAGGCGUCUUUGAAACUGCAUACCAAGUUUCAAGACAUCACAAUAGGAAGGACCAGCAUGUGCCCAUUAUAUAAGUGCAAUUGUAUGCAUACCAGAUCUGUCAUGCACUUAACUGCAUGCACAGUGCUAUUGGGGUCUGUCAUUGUGAUAUCAAGCUUCAAAAUUUAUGGGUCAAUCUCCACACUCAUCAGCUGCAUAUAUGUGAUUUUGGAAGCUCAAAGAAGGUGGCGCCAGGUGAACCAAACAAGUCAUAUAUUUGCUCAAGGUAUCAUAGAGCUCCAGAAAUGAUCUUUAGGGCUACAGAAUAUACAACUGCCAGUGAUAUGUGGUCUGCAGGCUGCUUUGUGGCUGAGUUUCUUCUUUCCAUCCAAAUGCAUCCUUAGGUCCUAAGACUCUUAUCUUAUUCCACACAGCAGUUACGUGGUUAUUUCCAUCAUGAAACCCCUCCAGAUGGCAAUCAUAGGUCAUCUGUAAACCUGCAUAGAUUUGACCCAAGAGAUAAAUCACGUCAGUGCCACUUGAAGCAUUUGCUUAAGGGAUCCGCAACCUGGGCAGAGGAGAAGUUUCUCACUCCAAAGUUGCUGGUUGUAACAUCUGUAAUAUGCAAAUCUCGGUGUAAAAUACCUUGCUAGAGCAUGUCUAAUCCUCGUGCAUGGGGUCUCGUCUUUGUAGCCGCGAGCUGGGUUUCGGUCAGCCUGCUUUAUGCUCUCAAUGCCUUUUAAGAGCUGUGGGACUUUUGAUGCAAGGAGAGGCUGUUGCCCAACUAAAAUCUGCUAAAGCAAGUAAGGGGGAAAUCACCGCAUCUGUGGCUGAACUUAACAAGGCUAAGGAGAAUCUCUCAAGGCUGGAAGAGCGAUCUAAGCUUAAGCCUGGUAUCCCUCAAAAAGAUGGGAAGAUUGAUUAUUCCCAGGAUUUCUUUGCCCGUCAAGCAUUUUUUAAUGUUUCUGGCCAACUGCAAGUUGAGACUUAUGCAUGUGCUAUUGGCAGUGUUUAUACAUUUGGGCCAACUUUCCGAGCUGAACACUCUCACACAUCAAGGCAUUUGGCAGAAUUCUGGAUGGUGGAGCCUGAAAUAGCAUUUGCAGAUCUUAAGGAUGAUAUGAAUUGUGCGAAGGCCUAUGUGAAAUUUCUUUGCCAGUGGUUACCUGACAAUUGCAUUGAUGAUAUGGAAUUCAUGGCUAAAAUUUUUGAUAAAGGCUCCAUUGAUCAUCUAAGAAUGGUUGCAUCAAUGCCCUUUGAGCGAAUUUCAUACGCAGAGGCAAUCAAACUUCUGGAGGAAGCAGUCAAGAAAGAUAAGAAAUUUGAGAAUAAAGUGGAAUGGGGGAUUGAUUUAGCAUCUGAGCAUGAUCAGAUUCUGGCCAGCAGGCAAGGACACGUAUAAGAAAUUGACUUCUGAUGGAGGGGUCAUCUCAAGCAUCUUGGUAAUGUACUUGCUGCACCACAUGUCCUGCUGAAGAGAUGCUUCAGUCAAAUGGUCAGAGUUCCAUCAUCAUUGCUGGGGAUAUCAAUAUGUCUCUUUAGGCUUGAGACUCUUUUUGAUGAGGAUGCACAGAUUGUAAAGAAUGCGGGGAUUGCUAGCUUUGCUUCAAUGAGGAUUUUCUGCUCUCCUCAGCAUUUGGGUAAUAAAGAUUUGAAGGACUCCACAGGGAUAUCUUUUAGAAGAUGUAUGCAGCCUGUAGAGAAGUGUUCAAGGGAUGUUUGGGAAUUAUUUCGAUCAGUUGAUGGUGCAGUACAUGGAUGGCCAACCCAUAUAGCAAGAUCAUGUGAUUCAUUUGAAGAUGAGUUGUUGACAGAGUAGAUGUAGUGGCACUCCAGAUUGCAUUCUUACUCGGUUUUCCCUCAUCACCUUUUCACUUGUAUGUCAAUGCAUGGCUACCUUUGAGGAAUGUGCUAUCUCCUAUUCCCCUCUUUUAAUUUUUAAGAUAAUUGCCCCAAAUCCUAUUUUGUAAAUAUUCUCUCAAAUUCAGCUUUUCAAAUAAUCCCAACUCCUAUUUUCUAAUAAAACUUGGCUGCCUUUUUCUUUCUGGCAAGCCGUUUUCAAAUUUUCUUUGUUUUUUAAAAUGUUUUAAAAUAAGCAUGGAUUUAAUUCCGUAAUUCCGAAUAAUGGAAUUUAUGGGAUUAAUUCAUGCAAAAUAAAACGGGCUUUGGUGGGGCCCAACAUCAAAUAAUUUUUCUUUAAAAUAAAAA